ACGGGAACCCUGAGAAGGAAGAUGUGUGUUUUUUUAAAGUUUUUUUUUUAAUGUUCCUGGGAGGAGCCCAGCUUUUUUUUACAGGGUGACACGUGAAACUUUCUCGAAGAUUUGGUUGGUAUGUUUGCCGUGUGCUGGUUCGGAGCUCCUUUAACUCCACACACGACCUAUAGCGAGAGGAACCGUGUUCUGCUACCUAUUUUUUAGGAAACUCUGCCUGUAAUGGGGGAAAACGAAGGGGCUUAAAGAAACUGCAAGGGAAAGGUCUCAACCGCGCUGCAAUGAGCCUGCACGCGGAGUGACGGAAUUAAAAAAAAGCUUACAGAAGUGUACCCGCUUUGCUUCACCUCGAACUUUGUUUUAAAACGCAGUGGCCACUGGAGAAGUUGCUGAGCAGCGCAAUGGCUGCCCAGUGCGACACUUUAAGCGGAUACUUGCAGCAGUCGGACCAGGGCUCCAACAGCGAGCGCAGCGCCGACUCUCCCCUCCCCGGUUCAGAGGAGGAUCUGAGCGGGCUCCAUCCGCUGCCAGACCCGGAGUGGACCGAGGAGAGGUUUCGGGUGGACCGCAAGAAGCUGGAAGUCAUGUUAUUAGCUGCCUCUGAGGGGAGAGUCAACGGCGGAGAGGAUUUCUUUCAGAAGAUCAUGGAUGAGACCCAAACGCAGAUAGCCUGGCCAUCCAAACUGAAAAUCGGAGCCAAGUCCAAAAAAGAUCCACACAUCAAGGUGUGCGGAAAGAGGGAGAAUGUGAGGGAAGCCAAAGACAGAAUUAUGUCCGUCCUCGACACAAAGAGUAACAGGGUAACUCUGAAGAUGGACGUCUCCCACACAGAGCACUCCCACGUUAUCGGUAAAGGCGGCAACAACAUCAAGAGGGUGAUGGAGGAGACGGGAUGCCACAUCCAUUUCCCAGACUCUAACAGGAACAACCAGGCAGAGAAAAGCAACCAGGUGUCCAUCGCAGGGCAGCCAGGAGGGGUGGAGGCCGCUCGAGUAAAAAUAAGGGAGCUGCUCCCUCUUGUGCUGUCCUUCGAGCUUCCUGCCAUCAUGCAAUCUGACCCCAACUCCCCUACCGUGCAGCACAUCUCGCAGACCUACAACCUCACAGUCUCCUUCAAGCCCCCGACCCGCCUCUAUAGGGCCACCGGCGUGGUUCGCGGUUCACAGAACAACACCAAUGCUGUCAAGAGAGGCACGGCUCUGCUGCUGGAGCACUUGGCGGGCAGCCUGGCGAGCACAAUCUCCGUCACCACCCACCUGGACAUCGCUCCCCAGCACCACCUCUUCAUGAAGGGUCGCAAUGGAAGCAACAUCAAGCAUAUCACCCAGAGAACCGGAGCCCAGAUCCACUUCCCCGACCCCAACAGCCCCCAGAAGAAGUCCACAGUCUACAUCCAGGGCACCAUUGACUCAGUCUGCCUGGCACGGCAGUACCUCAUGGGCUGCUUGCCUCUGGUAUUAAUGUUUGACAUUAAAGAGGACAUUGAGGUGGAGCCGCAGUGUAUCACAGCGCUAAUGGAGCAGUUGGAUGUCUUCAUCAGUAUCAAACCAAAGCCAAAACAGCCCAGCAAGUCUGUGAUAGUCAAGAGCGUGGAGAGGAACGCGGUGAACAUGUACGAAGCCCGAAAAUUCCUCCUGGGUCUGGAGAGCAACGGGGUGAUGUCCUCCUCGCCCUCUGUGGCGUUGAAUCCCACCAACAUCCCGUCCCCGUCCCUCAUCUGUCCCGUCGGCCUUGACAUCCUGGCCUCAGCUGGCCUGGGGCUGAGCAAUCUGGGUUUCCUUGGUGCGGCGGCCCACUCCCUCGCCAACUCUGCUGUCCCAAACGCCGUCCUCAACAGACUAAACUCCUCCAUGAGCCCCCUGCAGCCCCCGAGCCCCAGCACACCUACACACUCCCCCUCUCUCUGGCCCAGCUCCCUCACCAGCACCCAAGGCUUCUCCUCUCAGCUGAUGCUGCACCCUGUUGCCCAGGCCACACUGAGUAGCAUCCUGCUGUCAGGUGUACAGGGUUACACACAGAAUACACCUUCCCCUCCGCCCGGCCUCGCUCCUAUAGACAAACAGCCCAACGGGGUCCCUGACUGCAAGGGCGCCUGCACUCUUAAUGGACAUGUCAAGCAUGCUGGCUCAGUCUAUGGGAGGAUAGCAACUGCGUCAAUUGCAGAAACCGUUUUGAGUCCAGCACCAUGUGACUCAGUCCAGGAAGCCAGCGGACACAAUCCCUCAGAGCCACUGUCCAGCAAGUCCAGCCCUGAUGAAGGCUCUGACACAUUUGUGGAAGUGGGCAUGCCCAGAAGUCCCUCUCACUCAGCCAAUGGGAGUGAGCUGAAACAGAUGCUGGCUUCCUGUAAGACGUCAUCAGGGAAGCGACAGGCAGUGGAGUUACUGCAGGGCACCAAGAACUCCCAUCUACACUCUGACUGUCUGCUCUCGGACGCCGAGUCCAGCUCGUCGGACAGCCCUGUGGCCGAUAAGAGAGCGCCCGGCAGCGAACGGGCGGCUGAGAGGGCGGCGCAGCUGAACGAGAGGGAGAGAAUCAGACUGGGACCACAGACGACCUUUCCCAACAUGCAGGCAUUUGACUACGAACAGAAAAAGCUCUUGGCAACUAAAGCUAUGUUAAAGAAGCCUGUGGUGACCGAGGUGCGGACCCCUACCAACACCUGGAGUGGUCUGGGCUUCUCAAAGUCUAUGCCAGCCGAGACCAUCAAGGAGCUGCGGAGAGCCAAUCAUGUUUCAUACAAGCCCAGCAUGAGCACCACCUUUGAGGAUUCCCCACUGUCCUUGUCUCGAUCCAACAGCCGGGAAGGCCUCGGGAACGGCAGCGACUCGGAGAACUGGCGAGACAGGAACGGCAGCGACGGCCUUCCAGGUCACCCCGAGUUCCCCUCCGCUGUCACCAGCCCGAAGAGGAAGCAGAACAAAUCUGCUGCAGAGCAUUACCUCAGCAGCAGCAACUACAUGGACUGCAUCUCCUCUGUGACUGGCAGUAACGGCUGCAGCCUGAACUCGUCCGUGAAAGGCUCAGACCUGCCGGAGCUCUUCAGCAAGCUCGGCCUGGGGAAGUACACGGACAUCUUCCAGCAACAGGAGAUCGACCUCCAGACAUUCCUGACUCUAACGGACCAGGACCUGAAGGAACUGGGCAUCACCACCUUCGGAGCCCGCAGGAAAAUGCUGCUCGCCAUCUCAGAACUAAAUAAAAACCGGAGGAAGCUUUUUGAGCCACCCAUCAGGUCUUCCUUCCUGGAAGGGGGAGCGAGCGGCCGCCUCUCCCGUCAGUUUCACACAGACAUUGCCAGUGUCAGCGGGCGGUGGUAGAGACUCCAGGCCAUCCCAAAACCGUCCAUAAUGGAGACCAGCCUCCAGUGUCUCAGCAGCCCAGGUUUCAGUGGCUGUUUUCCCUCCUUCAGCUUCAGCUGAAAUAAGACUGUUCAAUAUGUUGUUGUUGUUGCCAUAUAAUAUAAAUAUAUAUAUAUAUAAAAAAAAGCCAUAGUUUUACCUUAAGUGCCAACAAAAAAAAGGGAUUUCUCAGAUACAUGAGGUUCAGUGUUCACUCCUUAUAGAGCCAUAGAGUCUGUUUGGAGCUUUUUCUAUAUGAAGGUUUGUUGAUGAAGGGUACUGUCCAGUAUUUCUGUCCACUUUUUGUUCAAGGGAACAGGCAGAAUGAUUGGUACAAUCAUUUACACAUUGAUACUACCUGCCUUUGUAUUAUGCUGUAGUAUCAGUGACAUGCACUUUAAUAAUACUAGAGUUUUGCCUGUGAGAGCCUAAUUCCUUAGAUUGAAAUAAUGAGUAUGCUUUUUUUUUUUUUAUUGACUAAAAGCACAGAUGCAUUUUGUACCAAAUCCAAAUGUCAGCACUUACCAUUGAGUUUUGGGAACCCCAAAAAUGAAGUGCAAAGUAUUUCAACAUGCCAGAGUGGUGAAAAAAUCUACUUAAACUAAAAUGUACCAAAGGAAAGAAUCAUUGUGGCCUUUGACCUUUGGCUGCCUUAAAUGUUGUGAUUGGUGGACAUUCCUCCGAGGUCAGUGCUAGUGUCCCACCGCUGUCUGUUUAUGUAUUUCUAGACAAAGAAAUCAAAUAUUUUGUACUCAUUACACAUUAUGAUUUUAUUUUUGUUUUAUACCAUUUUAUGGGGAUGUUUAACUUUAAUCAGUUUACAUUUGUAUUUUAUAUACUUUAAGUUCUAUGAUUUUGUUAUUGGAUUGUUUGUUACUUUUAGUUUCUUCCCCUGCCUUUGAGUCUUUGGAGCCGUAGUAUGGCUGUGCCAUCAGACAGCAGCAGAGGCAUGAGGCAGUUUGGCUAAGCUUUAAAGGCCUCUCUCUGAUUGUGUCAACAGGCAUCUUUCUGUGGUCUCCUCCUCUGUUUGUUUAUAGUACAUGUUAAUUUGUCUCAUACGUUGUUUGUCAGCGUUGGCCUCUCUCUGGCCCCUUCUGUGGGCCGGUAAUCUCACACAGCAUCCUCCAUGUAUCCGGGACAUGAGUUGCUAUGCUAAUACUCUGUGCCUUUUUUGUCUUUCUUUUCCCUCACUGUUUAAUUCAGAGCCAGAAAAGACCUUACAGAACAAGGUCAUGCCUUUUGUAGCGGGAAGUGCCAAUAUACAUAACACUUUUUUUCAGCAGGGAGAUAUUUUGUGAACACUUCAUAUUUUGGUCUGUCCUUGCUCUCCAGAGAGGAGGUGCAUCGCACAAAAGAAUCCGUAUAUUCACAGCCAAAUUGUUUUUACAUGAGAAUUUCAAGAGACAAAUAAGGAACCAAAGUCAUCAGGACUGUGGGAUUUAAGAUGAAAAUAAAUAAAUCUGGAAUCUUUCUAGUAUCAGGGUGCAAUCUAAUAUCCAAGAUAAGCAGUGUUUAAUGAAGGAACAGGAUUAAACAUGCAUUAUCAGUGUUUAUCAUCAGAGCCUGUGUUUGUUCUGGGCUCCUGUAUUAUGUUCGCUCAAAGGAAAACAUCCUUUUCAAACAGUUCAUUAACUUUGGAUGACUCAAGUGUUAUUCUAUGAUGUUCUUAAGAGUUAUCUAAGGAUUCAGCCAACAAACUGAUCCAUUUUCCAAGGUCUUGAGCACUUUGUAUCAAGUGCAACUAAUUGCCUCUUUGUUUGUGUUUUUCUGGGAAAAUGUGUUUUAUAUUUUCAGUAAAACUAAGAAUAAAGAAUGUCUUAUUUUGAUUUUAAUGAGGGUACAGUGUAUUACAUUCAGGUAUGUAAAGCACGCCUCUGAGAUAUUAUCACAUCAUAAACAUCAAUUUGCCAAAUUUAACUACGACCGAAAGUAAUAGCAGUGCUCCAAGCCCUACAGAGAGAGGUCGACCAUUUUUCACCCAUCUUUGAUUCACAAUGAUUCCCUUUUAAGGUGAUUUGUUGUUUAUCUUUUUUAACCACUUUCCACUAGAGAUGGAUUUCAUGAUUCUUUCCCGGGAUGUAGUUCGCGUCGGCCAGCUCGCCAAGAAGAAUCGUUCAGGUUCGUUCGUUCGUUCGUUCGUUCGUUCGUUCGUCGUUCAGUCGCGUUUCCGGUACGACGUCAUUCAGCGGGGAAUCAUGGAUGCACUGUUCUCCUCGUUCGCAAACGAUCGUGGAAACAGUCAACACAACACCGUAGUUCAAGGCAAAUACAUAGCUGCAACUUCAUGAUGUGUACUUUUAGACAACACAACAGUGGCUAAUGUGUAUAUUCACUUUAACAUUUAUUGAAGGCAAAUAAAUACUAAUGGAGUAGACUACGGCUUGAUCCGCCAAUUUACUGUGUUGCUUUUUUUGUUCUCUCUCAGCAAGGGCUACUAAAUAAAGAAAUAACGACUCAAUAUGGCAGAAAGAUUAUAGUGAUGAUAACAUGUUUAAAAACUUGGCAGAAAGAUUAUAGCGAUGAAAAGGUUUCAAGUACCCAUUUAGCCUACAAGGCUAGCGCUACUGACCGACUGAACGCGAACGACUAGAGAGGAAUAAACGAGAAGCAUUCCUGUCUCUCAUUGGCUCAAAUUCAACGAGGACAACCGCAUAGGAUUGGCACAGCGACUAGUCCGUGGGAGAACGAACGAACGAACGAGAGGAAGGUGAAUCGACGAAUCAGGUCCAGUUGUUCGUUCGAACUGAUUCGUUCGCGAACGACCCAUCUCUACUUUCCACCCUCCCUCACAUCUGAUUUGAGCCACUCUCAAUGUGGUUGUCAAGUAAAUAACACUAAAAUAAUAAUGACUCGGUUGCCAAUGCCAACCAAGUAAUUAUCUUCUCUUCCCUUGGUCUUGAGAAAAGAGAUGAAAAGGGAGGAAGCUGUUCUAGACAGUGUCUUUAUUCUGAGAGGAAACCUGGGGCCGGUUCGCCCCCACUCAUCAUGGUACUACAUUGAAACUGUUGAGCACUGAUUCUCUCAGUGCUGUGACUCGUGUUCCUGCCUAGCAGACAUUUGUUUUCAUCCUCCACUUGUUUUGAAUGUGUUUGCUCGGAGGGCCGUUGAGGUUCUUGUUUUAUGAAGUGAAUGUUGUUCAAAUAUCAAUGCAUGUUUUUGCAGAUGUCUUAAGGAUUAGUGAAGGGACUCACCAAGUCAAAAGUUUACCACCAGCGUGUCUAGUCUUUACCCUCGACAGACCAGUUUUCAUUCAUGUCUUUGAUUUGUUUUAUUAGUCAUGUUGUUGUUCCCAAAGGGAUUUUUUGGAAGGAGUCUUUGUACUGCAAUCAAAUGGUACAUUUAUGAUAAAUGUAAACCACUAAGGAAAUGAUGUAAUACAUACCUUUUGUACAACAGUUUCAUUUUAUGCAACCAUUGUUUUUGUGUCAGAGGUACACAAAGUUCCAGAGAAUAAUUUGUGUGUAAACAUUGCCAUGUGGCCAAAGCUCUGUUCACUUUGGCAUCUGUUGAUGCUAUUGUUAUACUAAAUGCAUUGUAGCUCAGAUGUAAACAGGACAUUUUUGAGAAUCUGUCAAGCAGGCAAAAAAAUGUUUGUUCAAACAUUCAAAUAUUAUGAAGGUAAUAAAUGUAUGCAAGAAAGA